GCCGAUAAUGUCUUGUAGAUCGCAGCAUUACCACCCACCGUUUUUGCCCUCUGCAAGCUAAAGUUCUGUCUGCACUCCGGCGUCUUUUGGGUUGGUUGAAGGGCUUCGGAGCAAGAAAAGAGAAACCUGACCUCAAUAAUGGCAGCAAUUCUCCUCCGGUCCCUUUUGAACAAGAAGGUCCCCCUCCAGCUGGGUCGCUUAUGUCACUCCUCGUCAGCGCCCACCACCAAGCUGUUCAUUGAUGGCAAAUUUGUUGAUUCCAACACCUCUGAAUGGCUUGACAUUCACAAUCCUGCCACUAAUGAGGUGGUGGGACGUGUUCCCAAAGCUACCCAGGAAGAGAUGCUGGCAGCUGUGGACUCCUGCUCCAGAGCCUUCCGCUCCUGGUCCGAGACCUCCAUCCUCAGCCGGCAGCAGAUCUUCCUGCGCUACCAGCAGCUAAUCAAGGAUAACAUUAAAGAACUGGCUAAAAUAAUCACCUUGGAGCAGGGCAAAACUCUUGCUGAUGCAGAGGGAGAUGUAUUUAGAGGACUCCAGGUGGUUGAGCAUGCCUGUAGCAUUACAUCCCUCAUGCUGGGGGAGACCUUACCUUCCAUCACCAAGGACAUGGACACUCACACCUACCGCCUGCCCAUCGGAGUGUGUGCUGGUAUUGCCCCUUUUAACUUCCCUGCCAUGAUUCCUCUGUGGAUGUUCCCCAUCGGCAUGGUAUGUGGCAACACCUACCUGAUGAAGCCCUCUGAACGGGUCCCAGGAUGCACCAUGCUAUUGGCCAAAUUGCUCCAGGAUGCCGGGGCACCAGAUGGUACACUCAACAUCAUCCACGGCCAGCACGCAGCGGUGAACUUCAUCUGUGACCAUCCGGCCAUCAAAGCCAUCAGCUUUGUAGGCUCCAACCCGGCUGGAGAGCACAUCUACGAGCGGGGAUCCAAGAACGGCAAGAGAGUGCAGUCCAACAUGGGUGCCAAGAACCAUGGUGUGGUGAUGCCUGAUGCCAACAAAGAGAACACCAUCAACCAGCUGGUGGGAGCUGCCUUCGGAGCAGCUGGCCAGCGCUGUAUGGCUCUCUCCACUGCUAUUUUUGUAGGGGACUCUCGUGAGUGGCUCCCAGAGCUGGUGGAGCGCUCCAAGUCACUGCGCGUAAACGCAGGCGAUCAGCCUGGGGCAGAUGUGGGUCCCCUGAUCUCUCCUGAAGCCAAGGCCAGGGUGGAGUCUUUGAUCCAGAGUGGGGUGGAUGAAGGUGCCAAGCUGCUGCUGGAUGGGAGAAAUGCCAACGUCAAAGGAUAUGAAAAUGGAAACUUUGUAGGACCCACCAUCCUGGGAAAUGUUACGCCGGACAUGAAGUGUUACAGAGAGGAGAUCUUUGGACCAGUACUUGUCGUCCUGGAGGCCGACAGUCUUGACGAAGCGAUUUCUUUAAUCAACAGCAACCCCUACGGCAACGGCACUGCCAUCUUCACCACCAAUGGAGCCACAGCGCGCAAAUACACACAUGAGGUGGACGUUGGCCAGAUUGGCGUGAACGUGCCCAUUCCCGUCCCCCUCCCCAUGUUCUCCUUCACUGGCUCCAGAGGCUCAUUCAGAGGAGACACCAACUUCUAUGGCAAGCAGGGCAUCCAGUUCUACACUCAGAUCAAGACUGUGACAUCGCAAUGGAAGGCUGAGGAUGCCACUGUGACAAGCCCGGCUGUUACCAUGCCAACCAUGGGACGCUAAGCUAAAUUGAUAGCACAUCCAGCAUAACUUUCAGUGACUUCUCAUAUGCCUUAAGAAGAAGCCCAAGGAGGGAAUUGGGGGGAAAAGGUUACAUGUCCUUUUUACUGUUGAGAAAUAUUCACAUUGAGACGGUGUAGUCUACGAUAAUUCACAUUGAGGGUUAUUACUUGGUAAUGGUUUGAACUUUGAACAUCCUAGACAAUGUUGUUGCACAAAAACGCACAAAUGCAAAGCACACCUGGUAAGUACGGGGGAGAUGAACUGGCCCGAUGAAAUGAAUGGUGCUGUGAGUCUCCUUCAUGGGUUUGUUGUAUUUUGAGCCUGUUUCCUCCUGUUCAUGUCCUGUUCUGACCGAGUGGACUAUGAUUUAAUCAUGGUCGGUCAUUUUCAUGAUCCGCUGGUAUCACAUUUCUUAAAACCUACAGUAGAAAUCAAAAGGAUCAGGGAUUCUGCCUUUGAAGCAUUGACAGCAAAUGUCUUCCACCAGUAUCCUCUGGUUCUUUAGCUUGUUCUGUUUCAGAGCAUUUUGUAGAUACUUGAAUAGUAGAUAUAAAUAGAGCAAAUACUACAUUAGAACAAGGACACACCCAUUCUCUUACUCCGUUAAAACUGAAAUAAUUGUUGCUGAGUUCUUGUCUGUAUAUCCUAUGGUCAUACUGUCCCGUGUUGGGAUUAAUGUGUGUCAGAUAGAGGUUCACGGUUUUGUACUGUAUUGUCAGUAAUACCUUUUUGUGGUCAUGAAUAUUAUAGAGGUUAAAUUGCAGUGUUUUACAUGGCAUGGACUUGACAUCUGAUAUUCUUUAUAAACCAUUGUGAUGAAAUUCCUGGGAUGAAACUGUUGGUAGUUGUGCUGCAGUUACAGUUUGUGCUAGACAUCUUUUCAUCUGAAGUAUUUGAGCUAUUUCAAAUUUAUCCCUUUGACUUCUCUUAGGUCUUGUGGCUGAAGAUUAAGAGAUGAUAAGAAGGCUAUUUGAGUCUGUAGUUCACUGUUUGAAUAAAGACUAAUUUGAUUCCCGUUGAAA